ACGUUUGGCUCACAGAAUUGCUACCAUGUCGCUUCCUUUACUCCAGCGGAUUUGGGUUGUCUUUUUUGUUUCAAGUAGAAGACGCGGCACUUCCCUCGAUUCUACUAUAAAAGUAGAGCUGCUCUCGAGCGGGGCAACGGCAUUUCCAAAGAUCUUCGCAGAAGACACACAUCUCCACCAAGAUGAAGACAUUCGCCGCCGCUGUCUGCGCCCUCCUAGUCUGCAGCGUUUUCGCUGACAAGAAGGACGAGAAGGUCGAAGCGCGUGGUGGCCUUUUGGGCGCUGGUCUCGGUGGCUACGGCGCUGGCGUCGGAGGUCCCGGUCUUGUCGGUGCUGGUCUCGGAGGCGCUGGUCUCGGCGGAUAUGGCGGAGGCUUCCAGUCCGGCUAUGGCUCUUCUGCCGGCGGCCACCAGGGUGGAUUCCAGGGUGGCGCUAGCGGGUACAACCAGGGCUCAGGAGCAUUCGCUGGCGGUGCCUCUAACAGGAAUGUGAACGCCUACAACGACAACAAGGGCUACAGCCACAGCUCGGGCUUCUCGUCCUCUGACAGCAACAGCUACGGCGCUGGAAACAAGCAGGGAUCAUCUGGCUUCCAAGGAGGCGCUGCCGGGCACCAGGGAGGAUACGGAGCACAGUCAUUCGGACACAACGCAGGAACCGGCUAUGGUGGCGGAUACCUUGGAUAGAU